AAAGGUAUGAACUCUUCAAGGGGGAGAACUUUUUUUAACAAUUUACGAAGACGUAUUAGGGCUUCUUCAACUCAGUCACGCAGAAUCCGUGGAAUAUGGUCCUCGCCUACUGUAUAACGUGACUUCUGCGUGGGGAGGACAAUUAAAAGCGGGAUUAGUAAAUAUCACCUGGUUAGUCCACUUGUCGAGAAGAAGGGAGGACUGCACAACAAUGUCUGUGAACGUGUAACUGCGAGUUCAACCGAGUGAGGUUCGGUUCCGAUUAAAGAAUAACAAGACAUUUCGGUGUGAUGGAGUGGCGAGAACAGUCCACGGUGAGCUGCCAGGACGCGUACGUGGAGGCGCAGAGGUGGAUCGAAGCAGUCACCAAGAAAACAUUUAAGGGCAAAGACUUCCGUUCGGCUCUGGAGAGUGGAGUUCUGCUGUGCGAUGUGAUCAACAAGAUCAAGCCUGGCAUCAUCAAGCGGGUCAACAGACUGCCAACUCCGAUCGCUGGUUUGGACAACAUCAACGUCUUCCUCAAAGCCUGCCUCAAGCUCGGACUCAAAGAGGCACAGCUCUUUCACCCCGGGGACCUCCAGGACCUGUCAUCAAGAGUCACAGUCAAUGAUGAAGAAACUGACCGAAGACUCAGGAAUGUGUUGAUCACACUUUACUGGCUUGGUAGAAGAGCUCAGGACGAGCGUUCCUAUGAUGGACCUUAUCUAAAUUUCAAGGCAUUCGAGGGAUUACUUGGCACAGCACUUCAUAAGGCUCUACACGAACUGUCUGGUCAGACAGGCAGCAGCACCCAAGACAGUGGUUUGGGAGACAGCUGGUCUUCAGAGCGAGAGGAGCGUCAUCAGUUAAAAGGAAGAAGAGGUGGACACAGGAGAGACGACUCCUUCGACAGUUUGGACUCUCUGGGCUCCCAGACGCUUAGCAUCUCGUCGGACGCCACACUCAAAGGCAGCAGCGAGGGUUGUUGCAGUGACGCCGAGGCCGACGCAGCUUUCAGAAUGGCCGACAAGGAGUCUCUUAGUUACCGCCGCUCUGUCAACCUCACACCGAAGGUCACAACACAGUUCAACCAGUUCCUGCCCACUAAAGACAAGACCGCGGCAUAUGUUCCCGCUCCCCUGAGGAAGAAACGAGCUGACCGCACCGAAGACAGCCGACGCAGUUGGGCCAACCCCAAGGAUGAGGAUGACCUCCCGAUCACCAGACAACAGCAAGAAAAAGACAGUUUCGACGGGAGCAAAUCAACAAAUGACAUCACCGAGGAACCUGUGUUGGUCAGACGGGCGUCUCAAUAUGAAGCUCUCGAGAAAUACCGCGAGCAGAUUAAGCAGAGUGACGAUAGGUGGCAGGAUGACUUAAGCAAAUGGAAGAACCGGCGUAAGAGUGUCAAUUCUGACAUUGUUAAAAAGAAAGAAGAGAGGGAAAAGGUUGAGGAGAUCACAUACGGCGGCAGCACCAGAAACUCCAAGACCUUCAAGGAGAUGCAAGAUGAGAGGGAGAAGCGGCGGAGCGGCAGCCUCAGCAGCCGCAUUGGGUCGCUCAGCAUUGACAACGACAGCGACGUAUUUGAGAAACCGAAAGCCCGUACCCGGGACAGCAUGACCAGAAGCUACACUAUUGACACUUUUAAUCACUCCUCCAGCUCGUCUGAGCCCGCUCAGAAAGAGGUCAAGCCCCCAGAUGUCUCGCUGAGGUCCACAAAGCAGGAAGCCGAGUCCGUUAAAGUUCCCGGCAGGGCCACCGCUCGCAGCUCGUUCAUCGCACCCAAACCUUCCGAAGCCACAUCCUCGCUCAGGAGUUCGGUCUUUGAAAGCACGGCCAGAACAAAGGAGAGCUCACUACUUCCGAAAGCCUCGCAAAAGGUGCCUGAGCCCGAGAGCCCGGUCAAGGUGCAGCCCCCAACUUCUGGUUCCAUAUUCAAACCAUCGCUGGCCAGCAAGACAGACGCCAACGCUGCGGCGGUUUCUCGGAUAUCCGCCUCCCUUCCUCGGAGCUACCAGAGAUCGGAUAGUGCGCGGCUAUCGUCAGUCAUCACGCCAAGACCUUUCGGGACCCAGGCAACCCGUGUAGGCUCACUUACCCGGAGUGUCACACUGAACGACUCCAACAGUCGCAUCAACGGCAACACCGCCGUUCCUAAGAAUACGUCGGUGCCGAGCCGCUAUCAUCAAUUCAUGACCGUGGAAGAAAUGGCCCAGUCGCAGUUGAGCCCCGUCCACAGCAGCGAGGACGACGACGAGGAGCAAGAAGAGACCACGGGGAAGAGUGUCACCUCUACAUCAAGCAUCUCAUCCCGCACAGUUCAGGUCAAGAGGGACCUUCCAGCUAACAAAGCCAGCAAGGAUAGUAUGUGCGAGAUGCGGAUCAGCCUCAACCAGAAGCCCAACAGCAGUCGAGACUUUGGCUUUGAUGUGGCGUGGGAUUCUAGCGGGGCUCACGUCAAUUACAUCCAACCAGGCAGCCCAGCUGAUAUAUUCCAGUUGCAGGCUGGGGAUGAGGUGCUGACAUUGAACAGCCACCGGGUGGCGGACAUGAGCUACCUUGACUGGAAGGCCGGCAUGGACCGAGCUCUGCAGGAGGGCAAUUUGGUGAUGGACAUCAGGCGUUAUGGCAAGAGCAACUGGGACAGAGAUCCGUCUUCCCCGCCAUUUAAAGGCCAUAAGACCAUCAAUCUGACCAGUACGGAUCAUACCACACUUGUAGGUUUCCCUGAGGCCGGUGCCACCAACAUGCUGGAUUUUACUUCGCUCACUGACACGUCCGCCAAGGCUACCACCCACUCAGUCGUGGAUAUGGCUUCCAACGGCGUCGAAGGUGGUUACCCCAAAGUGUCCAUGAUGACAAAAGAAUCAGAGCCCAUUUCUAUGAUAAACUUAAAACGGAGAUCAGAGUUUUUUGAGAAAGGAUCAGCAGGCUCUGACAUGCCAGAUAUACCUGUUCCACCACUCACCGCGUCUUCAACUCGCUGGUCCUGGGAUCCAGAAGAGGAACGCAGGCGACAGGAGAAGUGGCAGAAGGAGCAGGAGCGCCAAUUACAGGAGAAAUAUAAACGUGACCAGGAGAAACUGCAGGAGGAGUGGACAAAGGCUCAGGAGGAGAUCUCUAGCAGUGUUCCACAACGCGAGCCAGCGGGCCCAACGCUCGCCUACUGGGACCUAGAGCAGGAGCGAGAGAGGCUGGAGCAAGAGAGGAAGAGGAGGCAGGAGGAGGAGCAGCAGGAGCGCAUGAAGCUGGAGUUGGAGAGGCAGCGGAGAGAGGAAGAGUUUGAGCGCCAAAGGCAGGAGAUGAGGAGGCGGGAGGAAGAACUAGAGCGAGAGAGACAGGAAGUCGAGAGGAAGAGGAGGGAGCAGGAGCAGGAACUGGAGCGCCAAAGGCAGGAGAUGAGGAGGAGGGAGGAGGAGCUAGAGCGUCAAAGGCAGCAGGAGGAGGAGAGGAAGAGGAGAGAGGGGGAGCUGGAACGCCUGAAGGUGGAGGAGGAGAGGAGGAAGAGGGAUGCAGAGGAGGAGCGCCAAAGGCAGGUGGAAGAGGAGAGGAGGAAGAGGGAAGCAGAGGAGGAGCGCCAAAGGCAGGUGGAAGAGGAGAUGAGGAGGACCCGAGAGAAGGAGGAAGAGGAGCGCCAAAGGCAGGUGGAAGAGGAGAUGAGGAGGACCCGAGAGAAGGAGGAAGAGGAGAGGAGGCAGAGGGAAGAGGAGGAGCUUGCGUGGCAGAAGAGGAGAGAGGAAGAGAAGGAGGAGCUGAGGAGGAGGCUGAUGGCCGCGGAAGAGCAAGAGCGGCAGGAGAGGAAGCGUGCCAUCGAGGAGCAACGGGCUAAAUUGCUUGAGACUGAAGAAAGACUUCCAAACAGAGUGAUAGGCGGCGAUGUGGUCGACGCAAUGGGUGGGCAGCCGCCAUCACAGGCGGAGCUCCAACGCCAGCAGCUCCUGAACGACAUGAAGAAGAAAACAAACUUAUUGACGGACAGCAGCUGGAUCCGCCAACGCUCCGCCACAGCCCCUAGCAACAGCGAUCUGCCAUCUACGCGCAGGGGCGGCUCUCUUGACCACCUAGAUAACCCCCCCAACUCCUGGCGUUCGUCUUGGACACUCAGGAGCGACUCCCAUAUACCAAACUACUCGCGGCCUCACUCCGCCCUCUCCGGCAGCGUUCCCUUUUACGGCGACGGGCCGCCAGGGGCGCCGUUCGGCUCGAGCACUCUGCCCGCCUCUUUCGGGGGCCCAGCAGCUGGGAACACCCCCUGGUCUGGACAGUUGUCGUCGCUUUCGACAUCUUCUCUCUUACCCACCACCUCGCCAGAACCAGAACCUGGUUCUGACGCAGGUGGUCGGCAGCAGCGCAGCAGGUCUGUGAGCGGUAAGAAAGUAUGUACUAUGUGUGACCUGGCGCUGGGAAAAGGAGCAGCCAUGAUCAUCGAGUCCCUCGGACUCUGUUAUCAUUUGACCUGUUUUAAGUGCAUCGAUUGCAAAACGGCCCUCGGGGGAUCGGAAGCCGGGGCUGAAGUCCGAAUUCGAAACAAACAGCUCUACUGUAACACCUGCUACAUGCGAUUCAAAACUGUCCAGCCCACCUCGAUGUAAUUUGAGGGUCCUCCAGAAGAUCGACGAGGAGACCACAAGCGACAACAACCCGUGAUGCAUCUUCAUUCCUGAGAUUUGAAUUGUUCUUUUUUUUUAACUGGGUAAGACUGGUGGUGUAUAUUUUAGGCGCAAGAUGUGAAAUAUUACAACUGUACAAAGGGUUCUUCUUAUACAUGCCAUAUUUGGUUACUACAGGGGUGGGAAAAUCCAAGGCCCAUGGGUUCAAAUGCAGAUCAGGUGAAUGUUAAUUCUAUCCUAAAUAUCAUAUGUUUUCAUAAAUCUAGCAUGGCCCUUGGAAGAAAAAGGCUCCUCACCCCUCUGCUUGAUAUCUUACUACCGUAUCUUCCUUUUAUGAAAUUUCGAAUGAAAAUAACGUUUCUUCCUACUAGCGGUGUUCAGUGCUCAUUCGCCUACUUAUGUGCCUUUAUGUCUGGGAGAAGUCAUUAAGAUUACUAUUAUCAUUAUCCAGGCUGUAUUUAAUGAGAUGAAAUAUUACACAGGUUGUGAAGAAUAUGGAAUGAUGGCACAGAUUUGUAAAUAAAGACUUUAACUCUGA